AUGGAGGAGCAAAAGGAAGCCAAGGACCUCCUCCAGAUCACCGCCGCCAGGAAGGGUGGCCUCAUAACCAUGCCUUUUAUCAUAGCAAACGAGGCAUUAGAGAAAGUGGCCACUGUAGGUUUGAAUGUGAACAUGAUCAUUUACCUGAUGCAAGAGUAUCACUAUGACACUGCAAGUGCUGCCAUAAUAAUGAGCAUUUGGAAUGCCGUCUCUCAUUUCAUGACCAUCUUUGGUGCUUUCCUCUCUGAUUCUUACCUCGGACGAUUUCGUGUUAUUUCAUGUGCCAUCAUCUUCCAGCUACUCGGAUUGAUCGUACUGUGGCUCACUGCAAUUAUUCACAAUGCAAGGCCUCCACACUGCAAUUCCUUCACAGAAUCAAAUUGUGCAACUCCAAGUGCUGGACAACUGUUAUUCCUUGUUUCAUCGCUUCUUCUCAUGGCCAUUGGCGCAGGUGGCAUCAGGCCUUGUUCAUUAGCCUUUGCUGCAGAUCAAAUCAACAACCCAGAAAACCCAAGAAACGAGAGAAUCAUGAAGAGCUUCUUCAAUUGGUACUAUGUUUCAGUUGGGGUUUCCCUUGGCCUCUCAGUGACAUUCAUUGUUUACUAUCAAAUCAAAAUGGGGUGGAAUAAGGGAUUUGGGAUUACUGUGGGCCUCAUGUUCUUCUCCGCCGUCAUGUUCUUCUUGGGCUCUCACCUUUAUGUCAAGCACAAAGCAAACAAGAACCUGUGCUUUGGCUUGGCCCAAGUUGUUGCAGCAUCCUGGAAGAAUAGACACCUAACUCUCCCUCCCAAGGGUUUUGGAAAUUGGUAUUUCAAGGAUGGUGCUAAACUUGUUGAACCUACAGACAAAUUAAGGUUCUUGAACAAGGCUUGCAUGAUCAGGAAUAAAGCCAGCGACUUGGACUCUGAUGGAAUGCCAAAGGACCCAUGGAGUUUAUGUACAGUGAGGCAAGUAGAAGAGCUAAAAGCAUUGGUCAAAGUGAUGCCUCUUUGGUCUACUGGCUUCAUGGUUGCAGCAGGCUUGAACCAACUGGCAUUUCUUGUGGCUCAAGCAGGCACAAUGGACAGACACCUUCUCUUCAACUUUGAAGUCCCGCCAACUAAUUUCAUUAUAUUUUCAAUCCUCUCUAUGACCAUAUGGAUAUCCAUCUACGACCGUGUUCUAGUCCCUUUACUCUCAAAAUCAAAAUACAGCAGAAUAACAGGAGGAUUCACUCUCAAGCAAAGAAUGGGAAUUGGGAUAGCACUAACAAUUUUAGCCAAAAUAACAGCAGCAGAAGUCGAGAGAAGAAGAAGAAGCCUUGCCAUUAGAGAAGGCUUAUUAAGAAAUCCCAAAGAGAUAGUGAGUAUGUCUGCUUGGUGGCUAGUGCCUCAGUUAUGCCUAGCUGGUCUAGCUGAGGCCUUCAAUGCUAUUGGACAGAUAGAGUUCUAUUACAGUCAGUUUCCACAGAGUAUGUCUAGUAUUGCUGUGGCUUUUUUUGCUGUUGGUUUUGGGGUGGGCAAUCUGUUAACUGGUCUCAUUGUGACCGUUGUAAAGGAUGUUACACAGAGAGGAGGAAGACAGAGUUGGCUUGCCCGCAAUCCCAAUAAUGGUCACUAUGAUUACUAUUAUAGGCUACUUGCCAUUCUAAAUGGGGUUAAUCUGUUCUACUUCUUUUUCUGUUGCUGGGCUUAUGGGAGCACUCAAGACAUACAAACUUGGGAUGAUGAGAUUGACGCAAAAGUAAAACCUGCAGAAGAUGUUGAAGAUACAUGA